CAGGAGCUCAACAAAACAGUGUGGGAGGUGCCCGAACGGUACCAGAAUCUGACGCCAGUUGGAUCGGGAGCGUAUGGCUCCGUAUGUGCAACAUUUGAACCUGUCCCCAUUCUCCUUGUCUCCCUAAGUCCUAAAUGGGAUUGGUGAUGUCUGUCUUGUUACUGGCUUUGACUUGCGCUGGUUUCUCUGUCUCUUGCCAGAUGUGCUGCUCUUUACUGUAACCGCCUUACUUGUUCCUCCCCAUCUUCUGUACCUACCCUACCCCUGUCGUGUCCUUGUCUCUCCUUCCUCUCCUCCUGUUGUCCUCCUUCCAGCUCUGCCUAUGACAUGAAGCUGCGUCAAAAGGUAGCUGUGAAGAAGCUGUCACGCCCUUUCCAGUCUCUGAUCCAUGCUCGGCGCUCUUACCGUGAGCUACGGCUGCUUAAACACAUGAAGCACGAGAACGUCAUUGGCCUGUUGGAUGUCUUCUCGCCGGCAUCCAGCCUAGAGGACUUCAAUGAAGUAUAUCUUGUAACAAAUCUGAUGGGAGCAGAUCUGAACAAUAUUGUGAAAUACCAGAGGCUAUCUGAUGAGCAUGUACAGUUCCUUAUCUACCAGCUGCUCCGUGGACUCAAGUACAUCCACUCGGCUGGUUUGAUUCACAGGGAUCUGAAACCCAGCAAUGUGGCUGUCAAUGAGGAUUGUGAGUUGCGGAUUCUUGACUUUGGGCUGGCACGCCAAACUGAUGAUGAAAUGACAGGCUAUGUGGCAACACGCUGGUACCGUGCACCUGAGAUCAUGCUGAAUUGGAUGCACUAUAAUCAGACAGUGGAUAUGUGGUCAGUGGGCUGCAUUAUGGCAGAGCUUCUGAGGGGAAAAGUCCUAUUUCCUGGCAAUGACUACAUUGAUCAGCUGAAGAGGAUCAUGGAAGUGGUUGGUACUCCCAGUCCAGAGCUCCUGCAAAAAAUAUCCUCAGAACAUGCAAGAAAGUACAUUGAGUCUCUGCCCUCCAUGCCCCAGCAGGACUUGAGUGAGCUAUUCAAAGAUGCCAAUCCACUGGCUGUAGACCUCCUCAAACGAAUGUUGAUCCUGGACUGUGAUAGCCGAGUGACUGCAGCUGAAGCUCUUGCUCACCCAUACUUUGCACAGUAUCAUGACCCUGAUGAUGAACCCGAGGCUGAACUUUAUGAUGAGAGCCUCGAAAAUAAAGAGAGAACACUAGAGGAGUGGAAAGAGUUAACCUUCCAAGAAGCCAACAGCUUUAAGCCCCCCGUGACUGAAAAGGAUUGCCUGCAGAUUGAGCAGUGAGACUCCCGGAUUUGGACAGCCCAUGUAUUCUGAUGUGGGUGAGAGGACAUAUGGGGCAGCUGUGCUUGGUGCUUAGUGGGAGGGGCGGCUGGCCGGACCCCCUGGGACUAGGGUGCACCAAACUAACCCCUAACCUAACCUCUGCAUCCCAAACACAGAAGAACUGACUGGCAGUAUGGCAGGAGUAUUAUGAGAACUCACAAGCUGUAUAACACUAGCAUGUAUGAUGUUGCUUGUGCUGAAUGAAGGUUCCACAUUAGGUGUUGGGGAGUGUAAGGAGACAUUUUCUUUUUUGCUGCACGUUGUUCGGCUUUUGCUGAGCCAUUAAGGUUUACUUCCUGUGAUGGUCCCUCAGGUAGUGAUAAGAGAGGCAGGCGAAAGCUGCACCCCCUGUAGAUUCCCGACGGAUUCCCAUAAGUCCUGCAUUGCAGGGCUAGGCUCCCUUACCUUUUUAGUCAUUUUGGAGUUUUAGGCUGUGAAGCCUGUGACCUGGGCGUGUGCACAUGAAGGUCAGAAAAAUGACACAGGUAAGGGGGUCUGAGUCAGGGUAACAGCUGUAACUGCUAAAGUCAAAAGUGCCCAGUGAAGUGCUCUGCCAUGGCCUUUGUUUAUCUGUCCUUUUACCUGCAUGUCUGCAGUUUUGUAACAAGCACAAUCCAAUAAAAUUUUCUUCAUUCA